AGGCAGAUUUCCGGGAGUAGCAGGCUGUCUGCAGCAGAGGACAGGAGGGAGCGCAGAUCUGCUGUGCUGUGUGCACCUUGUGUCAUCUCACACCUUCUCCUUCACCAUAGGGAAUUGGGCUAUAAGUGUUGGUGUUGAUGAGUUCCUGGAAACAGAGCUGCGGGAACCUUGGAGGAAAAGGAGCCCAGACUGUCACUAAAGAAUAAAAUGGAAAAGAAUGUUCUAAGGUGAAGUGAAGAGCAUUAGAAGUGACAAUAUCAUGGCGUACAAUGAUGGGUUCCACAACCCUGCUUACCAUGACUCAGAGACUCUGGAGAUUGACCGAGGGCAGCACUCAUCCUUCCGGAUCAACCCAUAUGAAGAGGGAGAUGAUGUCAGGUAUCCGAUACAAAGGAGAGACUGGAGGGGAAGCCAUUCACCAGUGAACGCUGUACGGUUCAACAUGGAUUAUAAUCAAGAGAUACCCAGAUACCCUCCAUCUGAAGAUGAGCCAGAUAUUUUUGGGCAAUAUAAUCCUUCAUUUCAACCUGACUUGGGUCCUAGGUCUUCUUACAUGGAUCAGGACCAGGAUGUAGAUAGUGCAAUUGAUGUGUCAGAAGGAGCGAUACGGAGACGAUCAGUUCGACAAGCUGUAGCUUCAACGCAGGUACUGAAGCCUUCUACCAUCGUAGAUGUAGACCCCUCCCUGGAGAGACAGAUAGAGUUUAGUCACAAACAAGAACUUGAAAAGUUGAUCGCAAAGCUAGCGGACAUGUCUUCUGCUGACAUAGCUAAGGAAGUCCGAAAGAUUCCUGUAUGUUUGAAUGAGAAACGUGAACUCAGGUUUAGAGUUGUGAAGCUGAAGCAGAAAUCUUCAAAAGAUGUCUCACAAGCGAAUUGUUGUAAUGGAUGUCUGCACAGUAUUAACUUAUCAUUCCGGAGAUCCAAGCAAAUGGCUACAGAAGUAUUAGAGGCACUUCAGCUUUGGCAAGGCACCUUGAAAGUCAUAGGAGGGAAAUUCGGAACAAGUAUUCUUUCUUAUUUCAAUUUCAUCAAGUGGCUUCUGAUGUUCAACAUCUUCUCAUUCGUGGUGAACUUCAGUUUUAUCACCGUUCCCCAGUUUGUUGACAUGGCACCCAACAACUUAUCAUUCUCGGGUCUAGAGCUUCUUACAGGAGCAGGCUACUUUGAAGAAACAGUUUUGUACUAUGGAUAUUAUACAAAUAGUACCAUCAGGAAAGAUGCCAGUCUGGCACCAUAUAAUAUGCAGUUAGCAUAUAUACUUACCAUUGGAUUGUAUUUGGCAACCUGUUUUCUCAUCCUACUCUUCAGCAUGGCAAAGUCCUUCCGAAAUAACUUUAUUAACCCUGCUUCAUUUUCGGGCAAUGCUGCUAAACUUCUGUGCACUUGGGAUUUUAGAAUCAAUAAUGAGAAGGCUGUGAAAUUAAAGAGAAGACAUCUUAGUACGCAAAUAAAGGAAACUUUGUCAGAAAAACUAAUGGAAGCAUUAAAACUAACUUGGAGUCAGAAGUUAGGUCGCUUUAGUAUUCAUGUGACUGCCUGGAUUGCCUCCUCAGGGUUGACAGUUGCCUGCUGUGCUGGAGUAUACUACCUUUGCGUAAAUGUUGCGCUUUCUGUAGAGAAGGAAGGCUUAAGUGAACUGACUAAAGAGGCAGCCACCUUAUUGGUUCCUGUGGUGGUCAGCAUCAUCAACCUUCUCAUGCCUCUGGUCUACUCUAUGUUUGGACUAGUUGAGAAAUUCAAAUAUCCCCAGCAUCAGGUCUACGUAGUUAUUAUACGAAAUGUCUUGCUGAAAUUUUCACUUAUUGGUAUUUUGUGUUACUACUGGCUGGAGAAAAUUGCGGAAAGCAAUAACAAGUGCUGGGAAUCGUAUCUAGGACAAGACAUCUAUCGUUUGGUUGUAAUCGACUUUCUCUUUGUUCUGGUUGGUUCCUUCUUUGGAGAAUUUAUCAGAAAGAUUAUUGGGACAUACUGCUGUAAGUCAUUAGGAGUUCCGGAAUUCGAUAUUGCACGGAAUGUCUUGGAUCUGAUUUAUGCUCAGACUUUGGCCUGGAUUGGGAUAUUCUUCUCCCCUUUGCUACCAUUAAUUCAGAUGAUCAAACUUUUCAUAAUAUUUUAUGUUAAAAAGGUGAGCCUAAUGAUGAACUGUAUUCCUCCUCGGAGAGCCUGGAGAGCAUCACAGAUGACAACAGUCUUCAUUUUCCUUCUUUUUUUCCCUUCAUUUGCUGGAGUCCUCUGUGUCGUUGGUGUCACUUGGUGGAGACGGAAGCCUUCAGAUAUGUGUGGACCUUUCAAGGCUCUGAAUACUCCUUACGACUCAAUCAAUGACUGGGUCACUUCAAUUAAACUCUUUGAUAAUACAAAAUGGGUUGCAUGGAUUUACAACAACCUGGUUGAAAGUGUCCUCUUCUUUUACAUUCUGACCCUGGUUGUCAUAAUUAUCUCAUAUCUUUACUGGCAAAUUGUUCAAGGACGAAAGAUAAUGGUAAAGAUGCUGCUCACACAUAUCGCUAAUGAAGGCAAAGAUAAAUCAUUUUUGCUUAAAGAACUCAGAAAAUCCCAGAAACCACCUGGAGGAAAUCGCAGUGCGCCCCAUCAAAUGUCAAAAAGACAGGUUCAGCCAUCACAAGGAAGUGAAGAUCAGCGAAUGGGUAAUGAGUCCAGACCACAGAGUAGUGGUGGGCCCAGUGCCUUGAAACUUGCUGUAAAGGACAGGGAGCAAAUGGAAGAAAGUUCUUCUAUGGAGAAUACAGCAUUCAGUGACAACACUGCUCCUUCAGAAGCAAUGUUGAUGAUUAUGAGGGCAAGGCAACAGGCUGAAUAUGAGGAACAGCAGUCAAGGUAUGGAGAAGAAAAUAGAGAUGCAAUGGAGAUGGAGGAAAGAGCAAAGCAACGGGAUGAAGAUGAAGAAGACCAACCACAGUACAAGGGAGAGCAGUCUCAAGACUAUGACAGACGUCAGCCAUGGAAUUGGGCAGGCCAGUCAGAUGCAAAGCAAAAGAAUGGUUAUGAAGCACAACAGCCUCGGAGUCAAUCGAGAACAGAUGCCUUGGCAAUGGCAAUGAGAGCCCGACAACAAGCAGAACUGGAGCAGUAGAUCGAUACUGCCAGAAUACUUAUCUAAAGGCUCCUUAUCUAAAGUGAAGUCACCAAAUCAUCAAACUUUAUACAUGAAGGAUAAUUUUUAGAGUUUACAAUGGAGAACCACAUGUUCUAUGACGUUGAACGACAUUUAUUUGUGUUUGAGAAUGAUAUCCAAAUUUUGUGCUGCAAAGUCGAUACAUAGCAAGAAGAGUUUAUGCUAUACAUGAAAUGUCACAAAAAUAUGUUAUAUGAUUAAUAUUAUUUAUUAAAUACGAAUGUUCUGAAUGUUGUCCCUGCUUUACCAUA